CAGCUGGGGUUUGCUGUGUGAGCAGACAGGCCACUGUAAUUCAUGUAGCCAUAGCUGGAGGGGGGUUCGCACAGCACCGUCAGCCUCAAACCGAACCCUUUCUGCAAAGCGUGGAGCAACAGCUGAACCUGAAAACUCUGCAGUUCGGGACCCAAUCUGGGACGCUCGCUAUAUGAUACGAUACAUCCGAAUGGUUUUUGAGAUUAAUACUGACAUUUCUGGCAGCUUGAAGACUUUUAUCAACGUUGCACUUUUGUUAAACUCAUCGGAGCUUCAACAUUUUUGAUUCCCCCUACAUCCCCCCCGCCUCUAUCGAGAUGUGGUGGAUGCUGUUUCCCCGAUGGAUUUGGUUUGUUCUUGGACAUUGCUGGACUGUACUCCUGCAUACGAACUGCCGGGUGACAGCGAUGCCUAUGAUGUCCGCGGCAAAGGUGGUGUACUCUCACGCAGGUCUGUGUCCCAAUGACCUGAACCCCAACCUUUGGGUGGACGCGAUGAGCACCUGCAUGCGGGAGUGUGAAUCCGACCAGGACUGUGAGCCAUUCGAGAAGUGCUGCCCUAACGUUUGCGGAAACAAGAGCUGUGUGGCGGCACGCUAUAUAGACAUUAAGGGCAACAAGGGCCCCAUUGGUAUGCCAAAGGGCGCCACCUGCGACAAGUUCAUGUGCACCCAGCAAGGCUCCGAGUGCGACAUCUGGGACGGCCAGCCUGUUUGUAAGUGCAGAGACCGCUGUGAGCGGGAGCCCCACUUCACGUGUGCGUCUGACGGCAUGACUUAUUAUAACAAGUGCUACAUGGACGCAGAGGCCUGCUCCAAGGGUGUCUCAAUCACUGAGGUCACCUGCAGGUAUCACCUGUCCUGGCCAAACACAAGUCCAAUCCCUGUGGAGACCACAUUACAUCCCACUACCGCCCUUCAGACCACCAUCCCAACUGACAUUCAGCUUCCUGCCAUACACAACUCACCCAUCAAACAGAUUGUGUUUGUGGGUGAGACGGCCAGCUUCUUGUGUGAGGCAUCAGGGAAGCCACAACCAGAAAUCACCUGGGAGAAACAACUGAAAGGCAAGGAUAAUGUGAUAAUGAGACCCAAUCACGUACGAGGUAACGUUGUGGUGACCAACAUUGGCCAGCUGGUCAUAUACAACAGCCAACUUCAAGAUGCCGGAAUCUACACAUGCACAGCGAGAAAUGUCGGGGGAAGCGUGUCGUCACACUUUCCCUUGGCCGUGAUCAAGAGAGAACUGAGAGGUAAAAAUGCAGAGGGGAAUAAUACCAACCUCCCAUUCCCAGCGGCCGAAUGCCUCAAGAUUCCCGACUCAGACGACUGUGGAGAGGAAAGCAUAAGCUGGUACUACGAACCGAAGAGGAACAACUGCUUCACCUUUACCUACAGCCAAUGCAAUAAAAAUCUAAACCACUUUGACACCUAUGAAGCAUGCAUGCUGUCCUGUGGGGGGGAGCUGGCAGCUCCAUGCAGCCUACCAAGCCUGCAGGGACCUUGCAAGGCAUAUGAGCCUCGCUGGGCAUACAGCAGUACCCUGAAAAAGUGCCAGUCCUUUGUUUAUGGAGGCUGUGGUGGCAACGAGAACAACUUUGAAUCUAAAGAGGCCUGCGAAGAGAUGUGCCCCUUUCCAAAGAACCACAACUGCAAAGUGUGCAAGCCCCGAGGCAAAAUGGUCUCCAGCUUCUGCAAGAGUGACUUUGUGAUCCUUGGGCGCAUGACUGAGCUGACAGAAGAGCAAGAGUCAGGGCAUGCAUUGGUGACCGUGGAGGAGAUCUUGAAGGAUGAGAAGAUGGGUCUAAGGUUCUUUGGCAAGGAACCUCUGGAAGUCACCCUUCUGAACAUGGACUGGAACUGCCCCUGCCCUAACAUCACCAUAUCCGAUGGACAGCUGAUCAUUAUGGGGGACGUGCACAAUGGGAUGGCCGUCCUGCAGCCCGACAGUUUUGUUGGCUCCUCCAGUUCUCGCAGAAUCCGAAAGCUGCGUGAGGUUGUCCAGAAGAAAACCUGCGAUUUCCUCAAAGAUUUCUCUUCAGCCUAAUAUCAUACCAGCAAUACAGCUCCUUUGUGUUUGUUUUCAGGUUGCUUUAAACUCCUGUGACCUCAACAGCAUGACAGCCAGUUUUUUUUGUUUUUUUGUAUUUCACUUUUUUCCCCCUUGUUCCUACUCUUCUCAAAAGAUCUUAGAAAACUGUUAUCAAAACGUAUUUACUCUGAGAAAAAUAUUUAAUAUUUUACCCUAACAAAUCAUAUCUUGUAUGCACUAACAUUGUUCAAUUAGUAAUAUUUUCAUACAAUUAUUGUAUGCCUUUUAUUUUGAUGGGUGUUUUGUACUGUUCCUAUUGUGUGACAGCUGUCUUUAGUGCUUAAAGGGAUAGCUUGGGUGCUGUGGAGAUUUUAAGAGGAGUGAUGAUCUUACCGGCUGUAGAUAACUCUAAAUAUGGUUUGAGAAUUCAUUAUAUAAUAUUUUUACAAAUUGCUAGCAAAUGUUUGAGACUAGAAUUUUAUUCAAAGUGAGGGAGUUCAGAAAGGUAAGAUAAUUACUGCUCCUAACCUCUUCACCAAAUGGCCUAAAUAUUCAUUUAAGGGGAAUGUCAAGUAGUUUUAAAGUGAGGUCUUGAUUAAAAAAAGUCAUAAAUAAUUACGGUAAUAUCUUAUAUUCUGUAGAUUGCUCUAUAUGUGCCUUCACUUGGUAGAAGUAUUGUUUAGGCUAAUGCUAGUCUGAGAUAGACUAACACCAACUCCUAUUGUCUUAAAGCAAUUCUGAUGUAAAAUUAUAGAAGGGUCGUUGCAGUUUAUGUAAGCACUAUUUAGUUAACCUUUAAUUUAUAUCCACAUUUGUAUUGGUCAGAAACGCUUACCUUCAUUCUGCCUAGUUAGUCUCAGAGGCUAAACACAUCAGCUCAUACAAGAGGGGCUGAGACCAAAGCAAACUUUGGCCGUCUUAAAACAUAUGGAAUUUUAUUGUUGCCCUUUAUGCUAUUCUAUAAACAUUUAAGCUUAAGUAGUUAAAUUAUGGAAUAGUAUAGCAGUAUAAAGUUGAAUAGAAAAAGCACUCAUUUAAACUGUUGUAAUAUUUUUACCUUUUUACAACACUUGACUUCCAUAUUCUAGCAAGAAAUGCUUUAAAUGUUCAGCAUGUUUCUCACAGGAAUAUCAUUGGUGAUCAUCCGCCUCCUACCUCCAUUUCCUGUGUAAAUAAUCACUCACUUCUACGUAAAUGGCAGUGCAAUGCCAAUGUGACUAUGGUUUAGCCCCCUAUCUCCCCCCCCGCUUGUUCUAGUUGUUAGCUUCAAUCUUUAGGACUACCUUGUCUGGAUUGGUGGAACAAGACUUAAGAACUGUCUAUUAUAUACCUGAUAGUGAUUUAAAGGUAAGCAUGCAUUCCUUUUUAUUGAGUCUAUGACCUGAGUUUUGUUUUACGCCGGUAGAAGUUGACUUUUUUUGGGCCCAUUUGGGACUAAAUAUCAUAAGCUCAGCCUCUGGAGUCAACUAAUCUGGACCUUACACAAACUAAAGAUAUCAGAGGAGCUUAUAAUGCAGACAAAUUGUUUACUUUUUAUGACUGCUUAACAAAACCUCGCAUUAAAACCUACCCCUUUGAGAUCACAAUAAUGCAAUACAAAGCCUCAGUUUUUCUGCCAGAAACAAAUAAGCUCUUGGGUUCCAUUUUCUUUUGGAAUCACUGUGUUCCAUUUACAACACUGAAUAUGUUUAUGGACUUGUUUAUGUCAUAUUUAUUUUUCUUUAUCUCUAUUUUAGGGCCUUGUUAAAUGAAUAUAUGCAGUACAGAGGAAUAUGAAUCUAAUUACUUACAGAGCAUUUUUUUAUAUCCUUUAUAGCCAAGAUUAGUAAAUAAAUAAAGAUGAUUUCUGAAUUUA